UCUAGGCAGAAAGACAGAAUGAGAUUGUGAAACUUGUUUGGAAAGUGACUGAGGCCAAGAAGGAGUCCUGGUAUAUGUCGCAGGGAAAACAUGCAGAAGCAAGAGAGCUAAUGUAUUCAGGGGCUUUGCUGUUCUUCAGUCAUAACCAGCAAAAUAGCGCUGCUGAUCUGUCCAUGCUGGUUUUGGAGUCUUUGGAGAAAUCAGAUGCAAAAGUAACAGAUGACCUUUUAGAAAACUUGGCUAAAUUAUUUAGUUUAAUGGAUCCAAAUUCUCCUGAGAGAGUGGCUUUCGUAUCCAGAGCGUUGAAAUGGUCGAGUGGAGGAUCAGGAAAACUUGGUCAUCCAAAACUACACCAGUUACUAGCAAUUACCUUGUGGAAAGAGCAAAACUAUAGUGAAUCUCGGUAUCACUUCUUGCACUCCACAGAUGGCGAAGGGUGUGCAAAUAUGCUAGUGGAGUACUCCUCGUCGAGGGGCUACCGCAGCGAGGUGGACAUGUUUGUGGCACAGGCCGUCCUGCAAUUUCUCUGCUUAAAAAAUAAGACCAGCGCCUCAGUUGUUUUUACGACAUACACACAGAAACAUCCGUCGAUAGAAAAGGGUCCGCCCUUUGUUCAACCACUGCUAAACUUCAUCUGGUUUCUGUUGUUGGCCGUUGACGGGGGAAAACUAACAGUAUUUACAGUAUUGUGUGAACAGUAUCAACCUUCACUGAAAAGAGAUCCCAUGUAUAAUGAGUACCUAGACAGAAUAGGACAGCUUUUCUUCGGAGUGCCGCCCAAGCAGACAUCGUCCUAUGGAGGGCUACUAGGAAAUCUUUUAAACAGUCUGAUGGGAACUGGAGAAGACGAUGACGCAGAGGACGGUCAGGAAGAUAGCAGCCCUAUCGAACUUGACUGAGUAUUUUUGUCCCCGGGUGCUGUGUAAAUCUGAUGAUUCGAUGACUCCAAAGACAGUUUUGGAAUUUGAAUCCUGCAGUUGUUUCUUGGCGCCUAAAAGGGCUCCUCCGGUCUUUUAGAAAUGGUUGCUGAAAUGUUUAUAAUGUUCGGUCUAUAUUAUUUAUGUAAAAAAAAAUAAAAAAAAAAGAAGGAAACCAA